AUGGUGUAUGCCGGCAAGAAGACGAAAAAGAGUCAUGAGAGCAUAAACAAUAGGUUGGCUCUUGUGAUGAAGAGUGGUAAAUACACUCUUGGUUGCAAGACUGUCCUAAAAUCCCUCAGGAACUCUAAAGUGUAUACCAUCACUUCCGGCACCGCUACGUGCGGCGGCUCUGCUCCGUCGCUAGCAGCGGCACAACAAGGCCCCAUACUACCGUCGUCCGGCGUUUCCAACUGGAGCAUUGAUUAUUCCAGAUCAACUGAAGACGAGGAUGAGGAGGAGGCUGUUAGAUCUGCUGCUAUUAACCAGGAAAUAAAGUGUGCUUUUGAAGAAGAGACUACGGUGAUUACUUCAAGUGCAUUUAGAUGUCUAAAAGCAAAGAAACCUCGUCUAGUAAUGAGGAAUUUUGUGGGCUUUAAGGUUAUUGUCUUGUUGAGGUCUGUUCUUGAAUCUGUUCUUUAG